AUGCCUCCCGCUUUGGCUGUCCGAUUAACCUGUCAGGCCUGCACGCGACGCAAAGUAAAAUGCGACAAAAAAAGCCCCUGCACAAACUGCCUAAAGCAUGGGAUCUCAUGUGUGGCUGUCGAGAGGCCACGGUGGCCGCGCGGCCGGUCGGGGAAGCAAGCAAUAAGCCGAGAACAAGAUCUGGGCAACCGUGUAGCGAAGCUAGAGCAGAUGAUACAGGACUUGUCCCACUCGACGAGAGUAACCGGCGAUAUCUCCAAUCGCUGUGGCGAGACUACCGUACAUCGCAGUGGACAAUCGCCAAAAUCACCGUCGGGGACACUGCAGGCCUCUGAAGAGUGGUUUCUUCCACAGCCGUCGACGAUUCCACGAUCCGCCGACAGCAGAGAUGACGCCCUGGACAGCGGCUUUGCCCACAACACGACGAGACAAGAGCAACACAUAGGCGAUUACGGGGAGCUACCUUCGGAGCCAGUGCGUCGUCGGAGACUCGUCGAGAUCUUUCUUCAUCAAGUCGACCCGAUCUUGAAGAUCUUGCACCGGCCGUCUCUUUGCGCCUAUCUCUUGGAGGGAAAGCCCUACUUGGACUACGCCCCGGGGGAUCCCGUACCUGCGGCCCUGGCCUCCGCUGUGCUUUAUAUGGCCAGCUCGACCCUGGCGGAAGGCCAAUGUCUUGCUCUGCUCGGCGAGAGGAAAGAGACUGUACUGACAAGAUACAAGGAUGAAGCAAAGGCCGCCCUCGCAAGGGUCGACUUUCUUGUUACAAACCAUCUGACAGUAUUGCAGGCACUCGUCCUGUCCUUGGUGGCUGCACGAACACACGAUCACAGCCGACGGGUCUGGACAAUGCUCAGCGUGGCCCUUCGCAUAGCGCAAGCACUCUCGCUGCACAUGACCGAUCCUCCAUUUCCAGUAACGCCGUUUGAACGCGAGAUGCGCCGCCGCGUGUGGCACCUGAUCGGCUGGUUGGACCUUGAGGCAUCGUUAAACCGCGGAUCUGAAAGCAUGAUGCGGUCCGCAUGGAUUCAGACACAUUCCCUCACCAACAUCAACGACGAUGACUUUGGCUUCGACACGGUGGAUCCCUUACCGGCUGCGCAAAGCGGGCCAACGGAGACUACGCUUCUCAUUAUGUUUGCGCAUGGCCAAUGCGCUCUGCGUGUCUUGGAUUUAUCCCACUUUGCCGAACCAGGUAUCACCGACAUCCAUAUGCGACAACAGACGGUGGACGACUUCCGUCGUACUACGAACGAGCUGCUGGCCGACUGUGACCCCAAAAAUGUCGCGUUUCACUGGUUCAUUUGCCAGAUUCAGGAGCAGAUAUCUGCUAUCCUGCAACUUAUCGCUCUCCGGCCACUCCAGAGGAGCCCGACAUUUAUCCCUGCGGAGCUACCAGCGCCCCAGAUGCUCGCCCUCGCAGCCGACAUUUUAGAACGACGUCAGAGAAUGUUCAGCGAUCCUCGAGCACACCCCUGGCGCUGGUUCAACCUGUUCUAUUUUCCUUGGCAUGCGCUGGUUGUCGCCAUGACCGAGGUCUGCGUAUGUACUGAUCGAUGGGUGAUAGACAGAUACUGGCCUACGCUCGAGCGUAGCUAUGAGGCCUUACAAAAACAGGCUGUUGGUACACAAUAUGACUGGCUCUUGGCGUCUAUGGGGAGUUUGGUGAGCAACGCCCGAGCUGCGCGACAAAAGGUGAUCGCAUCAGGCGCGCCAAGGGAUGAAGCGCCCAAUCCCCAUAUCUAUAUGGACAUGGCGUCUCUCGAGGGCUCAAUCCUGUCGGAUCCUCUGCCAGCUGUACGUGACGCGACUUUGGCUGCGGAGGAGCUUUCUCAACUACAAGACCAGGAGGCCACCGCGUGGGCGCAGUAUGAGGACUUUACCGGCCGCUUCUAUGAGAUGGAUGCGAUCUUUGGCUGUGGGCUAACCCACCCAUGA